AUGUGGUUGCCACCGCCCACAGUUGUAGUGCGGGCGUGGGGUGAAAUAAUGCCCCUGGACCCCGCCACCCAGAGCACGGCGCCCCAGACACCCCCAGACACCCCCCAGCCUCCCCCGUCAACCACCACCACUGCCUUGGAAUCUUGCCAGGUUUCGUUCCCCAGUGGCUCAGUACCAGCUGUCAUAUAUCGCUCCCCAGCUCCCCACCACCCCAGCCCGCCCGCCCGCCCGCCCGCCCACGCCUCCAGACCGCCCACCCAUCUCACCCACGCCCACACACCGCCCAUGCACCCUCUCUCACUCACUCACACGCACGCACACACGCACACAGCCGCCAUGUUCACUCAGACCACACACACCCAUGAUGAUCCAAGCCCACCCCGCCCACCCCACCCCCCCCUGCACGCCCCACAUACCAGCCCACCACCCCCUCUCCUCAUACCCCUCCCCCAGCCCCACCCCCAGCCCCGCCCAGCCGCCUGA